ACGAUGUUAAUAUAAAUAAUGAAAAAAAACUGAUUACGUUAGUAAUCUUCCUGUUACAACGCACAGAAAAGAGAUUUGUCUUCUUUGUCGACUACUUCUAUAUCCACAUUGGAAUAAUUUGCAACAUGGGAAAAUUUAGGUAUACCCAAGACAGUGGAAUUUUGACUGAAAAACAACGGCAAUUCUACGAAGACAACGGAUAUAUAGUGAUCAAAAAUAACGUCAGCAAUGUUCUACUGGAUAAUAUUCGGCAAAGAUUUUUGGAUAUUUGUAAUGGUAAAGUGGACACGGGUUUCAUGACAAUAAUGAAAGAUCCUUCAUUAAUAAAACACAAACAUGUAAAAGGAGAAUAUCUCAUACAUAUGGUGCAGAAUUUCCUAUUUGAUGAGGUUCUGUCCCAAUAUGCUACUGAUACAGCAGUGACAGACGUUAUAGCAAGUAUUAUUGGAUCUAAUGUAACCGCAGUCCAAUCUAUGCUUUUCAACAAACCGCCAAACUCUGAUCCCGGUGCGUCGUUGCACCCACUACAUCAAGAUCUUCAUUAUUUCCCUUUUAGACCAGCUGAGCGAAUGGCAGCAUCCUGGACCGCAAUGGAAAGAGUUGAUGAGAGUAAUGGAUGUCUUUACGUGGUUCCAGGAAGUCAUAAAGGAGACCUACACCAGCACAGUUAUCCAAAUGGCUUCAAAAAGGUACUAUACCACGGUGUUCAGAAUAUGGAGCAUUUACCAAAAAUCCAUCUUGUUAUGGAGAAAGGAGACACCGUUUUUUUUCAUCCCUUACUGCUACAUGGGUCAGGUCCAAACAGCACUCAAGGGUUCAGAAAAGCAAUAUCUUGCCACUUUGCCAAUAGUAACUGUUACUUUAUUGAUGUAAAAGGUACUUCCCAAGAAUAUGUUUCUCGAGAAAUUGAAAUACUAACUGCUAAACAAGGCUUUAAACUCAGCUUCGUUGAUUACUGGAAGUCACAAUGUCGUUUAGUACGAGGCGCCCCUGGAAAUCUCCAAGUUUUGGAUAGCCACUUGUAGGGUUAAGCCUAGUAUGAAAUUUAAUGCAUCAAAAGGGAACAUGAAAAAAAAGGUUGCAGGAUGUAAUUUCUUAUUUUAAAAUCUAAUUUUAAAAAUGUAUGAAUUCCAAAGGGUAUUUUAUGUUCAACUUUGGUAGCGAUAAAUAGACAAGUUUUAGUUAG